CUGGCAAUCCGCGGCAAUCUGCUGGCAAUCUGCUUGCAAUAAAGGCUCUGGUGAGGCCCGCAAACGAAAAGAGGCUAGCCCUUUGUCAGUUACGGCCUGACACCUAGCACGAUGCAGACGCGACGGAGCAAGCUGGGUUUUGUUCCUGGCCGAGAAAACAUGGUGAAUCCCCCGAGGGCGGUGUUCCGGAGGGAAGAGCUGGCAGAGAACAAAGAGGCAAUUCACAUCCGCCAAGGUCCAGUUCCCCCUCCUCCGGUCUUUGGCGUCCCGCCGGGGAAGCCGCCGUUUAUCGGGAGGCCGGUGACAGUCUGGACCAAGACCGUAACGAGCACGAGCACGGAUUCCGAACUGCCAGCUCCCGUCUCAUCACCAACUUCCCCCUCCGUGCCAACAGCUCCAGCAACUACCCCCACCUCUAACUCACCUCCAAGUCCGACAUUACCAACCGAAACCCCAGACCACGCCUCAACAUACUCGGCCCCGACGACGACAACCACCUACGGCGGAGUUGGGCUUCUGCCCUCUACGCCAAGGACAGCCACAUCUACAGAUCCAGGACGCUCCAGCACAAACCCCGCAGAAGCCCUGGCCCCAGUCCCAAGCACUACGCCGAACAGCAAUCCGCUCUCUUCUGACCAAACAGCAGGCAUCGUGAUCGCCUCCAUCUUCGGCACCGUGUUCAUCGUCGCAGCGCUGCUCUUCGUGUGGAGCCGGCGCAGCAGCCGCCACCGGCCCGACAGCGUGCUCGAAGAACAGAUCGACGACCCGCUGCUGCUCGAGGCGCGCGGCGGCCGGCGGCCCACGGCGGGCGCGCACAACUGCAACAGCAACAGCAACAGCAGAUCCAUCUUCCAGCGCCCGCCGCCGCUGUCGGCGUCGGGCUCGUUCGUGGCCGCCAUGUUCUCCCGCAGCAGCGGUCACAACAAUAGGCCUGAAAGCGGGCGCAGGGGGAAUAUGCUCCUGCCGGCGUCGUUCUUCACCCGGCGGUCUGAGGCCUCGGUUGCUGGUGCGGGCGUUGGGGCGGGCGGCGAGUCGAUGCAGUCGGUCGCUGUGUCGGAGAAUGAGAGCGUCUCGUCGCUGUGGACGGCGCCGUCCGAGGCUUAUAACGGUGUUGCUGCUGCUGGGGGCUUCGUGUCGCCGACUGCGCUGCGGUAUCCUAAGGCGUCGCUGCAGCUGCCGCUGCAGGGGGUGCGUGCCGUGUCGAGGCUGAGUGUUGGUGCCGGUGCCGGUGGUGGUGCCGGUGCCGGUGGUGGUGGGCUAGCCGGGGAGGAGUCACGAGGUCAGGCUUCGCCUGUAGUUGCGCCGUUGGCUGAUGCGUCGUCGGAGUUUGGCUUGCGCGGGGGUGGUAGGUAUGAAAGCAUGGGGUCCGGCAGGGAGAGGCCGGGUUGGUGAUUCCAUUGUGAAAGCGCUGGAUGUCAUCGCGGAGAUUAUGCAAAUUCCUAGUCUCAUCUACUGUUUGACAAGAUCUUGGUGUCACGGAGCGUGUCUUGGUAUGUGAGGAACGCCCCUCAGGUAAUACGAGAUUGUGGAGCGUAUUCACAGAGCCUAAUUAGCCGUUCAGUUACAGACGGUGGCUAAAUUCGGA